AGAGAUCAGUGGCCCUGAGUCACGAUACGAAACCGCAAGAAGAUAAGAAAUACAUUCUGCGCUUUUCCUGCUAUGUUCUCUACUUGAUUCUAUUUCGCGCGUAUUUUCGACGUUUCAUGUUUCGAAAUCUGACGGUUGGCCGGUGAGGAGCUGUACCACACCAGUUUCUGGCGAUCGUUCGUUCGUAGCAGGAGUUUAAAAUCCGCAGGGAAUUUUCAUUUUUCAUAUAGAUUUUUCGCCACGAAUUAUCCUUUCGCAAACGCCAGGGGUUUGGAGAAGGUACUUUUUUUCAAGAUACAUCCGGUAUUCCGGCCGAAACCAGCUGUUCAAAAUUGCAUAAGACGACCCAACGCAGUUGAUCACGACUCGUCGCCAUGCGUAGCGUCCAGCUCUUCGUGUUCCUGGUGGUCGGCGUGAACCUUGUGCUUGGGUUUCGAAGCUUUGCCCGCGGUAGGAGCAAGGGUGGAAGUCUCGGAGAGCCAAUUCUCAAUGAGAGUCAUGCGUUACCUGAGGAUCAGUGGUUCGAGCAAUUCCUCGACCAUUUCAACCCAACCGAGACCAGAACAUGGAAGCAGCGAUACUUCGUGAAUUCGGAUUUCCACAAAAAAGGUGGGCCUGUUUUUCUCAUGAUCGGAGGCGAGGGAGCCGCCAGCCCGAAAUGGAUGGUGGAAGGACAAUGGAUUGAUUAUGCUCGGCGAUACGGUGCGCUCUGCUUUCAAUUGGAGCAUCGUUUCUAUGGCAAAAGUCAUCCUACUGCUGAUCUGAGUAUCAAAAACCUUGUGUACCUCACCUCCGAACAAGCACUGGCCGACUUGGCAUAUUUUAUCGAGGGGAUGAACCUGUUGCAUCAAAUUCCUGCGGGGACUAAGUGGAUCACUUUCGGAGGCUCUUAUCCGGGUUCCUUAGCUGCUUGGUCUCGAUACAAAUAUCCUCACCUUGUGCACGGAGCCAUGUCAGCCAGCGGUCCUCUUUUGGCAAAGAUCGACUUCCAGCAAUAUUACGUGGUGGUGGAAGACGCUUUGCGAACGCAUUCGCAGGCUUGCAUAGAUGCGGUGGUAGCUGCCAACAGACAGGUGCAUAUCAUGCUGCGUCAUCCUGUCGGGCAGAAAGGGCUUGCCGAAAAAUUCAAGUUCUGCUCUCCCGUUGAUACACAAACGAAACGUAACGACAUUGCAAACUUGUACGAAUCGCUGGCCAGCAAUUUCGCCGGUGUGGUACAAUACAACAAGGAUAACCGUAGGAGUUCCAAAACUUCCAACAUAACUAUCGGCACGAUAUGCGACAUCCUGGUGGAUGAGAAAAGAGGAACGCCAGUAUCUCGUCUGGCAGAAAUGAGCAACUUACUCUUGGAGGCCAACGGGGAGAAGUGCUUCGAAUUCAAAUACUCCAAGAUGAUCAACGAGCUCUGCAAUGUCAGCUGGGCCGAUGAAGUGGCUGAAGGGGGUCGCCAAUGGAUGUACCAAACGUGUACCGAGUUUGGAUUCUUCCAAACGUCCACUGCACGUCCUCAACUUUUCAGCGAAACUUUCCCACUGGAAUUUUUUGUCCAGCAGUGCACCGACGUCUUCGGACCCAAGUACAAUAUGCACCUUUUGGAGGCUGCCGUGGAGCGUACGAACACAAUUUAUGGGGCGUUUGAUCUGGAUGUGAGCAACGUUGUGUUCGUUCACGGUAGUAUCGACCCCUGGCAUGCCCUUGGGAUAACGAAGUCAUCGAAUCCACGGGCACCAGCCAUCUACAUAAACGGUACCGCCCACUGCGCCAAUAUGUAUCCCAAGUCUGAGAAUGAUCCACCGCAGUUGACCGAAGCGAGGGAGCGAGUCGGUCAGCUGAUCGGCGAAUGGCUCAAGAACUGAAAGGCUGCGAUGUGAAAAAUAUGUGAUAAAAUUAGGGCUAUGAUGAAACCAAACCUGUUGAUAUGUCAAAAAUCUGAUUACCUUAAGACAAGUGUGAUGCGAAUCUGAUUGUGUUGAUAUUUUUUUACAUAGUCUGUGUGUACUUCUAGUUAGAGUAAGGAUGUUUGACGUGUCUUAUUAUUUUCUUCUUUUGUCGAUUUUUACUUCCUAUCGGGCACGUCUGUGAACAUUAUUAUCAUUAUUAUUACAAUAAAAUCUCAGCGCUUUUGUCGA